AUGUCUGAUCAGAGUGCCAAAAGCCGGACAGAUAAGGGCAAAGGAGACCAUACGACAGUCGACAUGCCUGAUAAGCCCAAGCAAGAAAAGCAUAAGAAAGAAAAGCAUAAGAAAGAAAAGCAUAAGAAAGAAAAGCCCAAGAAAGACAAGGCCGAGAAAUGGAAAUUCCAUAGCAAGAAGAGUGCUAAGCCAUCCGAAGACUAUAAGAAAGUCAAGGUUAUGCUUUUCACAUUCGAGUUCAGCGAACUGAGCUUGAAAAACGAGACCAGAAAUGUUACACGCGCUUUCGAGAGCCUGGGUUACGAAGUUCUUCUACGUCAAAUAAAAAUGGACAACGCCUUGGACAAUGUUAAGGAGCAGCUGAAAGAAUUCUUGAACCCCCAAAAUGACACCUUGUUCAUCGUUCACUACAAUGGGCAUGGGGGAAUUACCGAGAACAACAUGCUUUCUCUCGUUAGCCACAAUUACCCUGACAACGUAGAAGAUCUGUGGCGGAUGAUCCACAGAAACUGGGGCAAACACGGGGACCAAGAGGGUCUCACUACAAUACUCAGGAACGAAAAGGACCCCUUCCAACCAAUCGCCGAGGUACACUGGUCAGAUAUCAGUCCAACUAUCAUGGACGCGGAAUGCGACACGCUCGUCAUCCUUGACUGUUGCAAUGCAGGACUAGCCGCGGUUUCUAGCCAAAACGUGCACGCUUUGGACGGCGGCAAGAAGAGAAAUGCGAAGUUGGACGAGUACGAAAAGGAAAAUCCUUACCGAAAGGAACUGAUUGGUGCAUGCGGUUGGGACAUCGACACACGAAACCACAUGAGCUCAGCUUUGUUUAAGGUCAUGAAAGUCGAGUUUCCAGCGCCCAGAUUUUCCACGAUGUCUACGCCUACUCUUGUUCGCCGGAUGAACUACAGCCUAGUACAGCAUAUUGGAGAAAGAAGAAGUCCGCCUCAGGCUGUCCAUUACAUCCUUCAGCGGAACGGAAAGGACAAAAUGACUCUCCCUCGACUUAAUGGGCAUAUCGUGGACAUCGACAGCAGUGACGACGGCUCCGAUCCUGCUAACGAAGUUGAAGGCGAUUCCGAAUCUGCUGACGAACUUGAAGACAAUCCUCGACAUGGCCCUGGCGAAUGA